AUGGCCUCGCGCUUCUUCGCCCCCGCGACUCUCCGCUCCGCAGCAGCCCGUGCGCCCUCUGCUGUCGCUCGCAGGCAGGCGCCCACUGCUGUCCCUCGUCGCUUCGCCUCGGGCUCGGCACACAAGGACCCGCUCCUCGCUGAACAGGAGCACGCUACGGAGCACGCCGCUAAGUCUGCUGACUUGUGGAGGAAGAUCAGCAUGUACUUUUGCUUGCCCGGAGCGCUCGUCAUGUCGGUCUACAUCUACCAAAUUGAAACUGCCCACCUUCAACACCAGGCCCACGAGCUGGCAAUGAACGGCGGUGAGCUGCCCGAGGAGGGCAGGCCGAACUACGAGUAUUCGAUGAUGAGGAAGAAGCCCUUCCCUUGGGGAGACGGCAACAAGAGCUUCUUCCACAAUGACAAGGUCAACUACCUGCCUGAGGCGCAGUAAGAAUUGGCUGGAGAGUCAGAAGGGCAGGGAAGAGCCGAAAGAGGGAUGUACAUCACGAGGAGCACGAGCAAUGCAACCCGAAAACUGGCAUUCGAUGCUUCGCAGUCAAUGUACGAGCUCGAGCGAGAGAUGAGCGGCGCAUUUGGGCCUGCAGUCGUGAAUCAAGCCGGCUUGUUGGCCCUUCCAACAAGGCAGCGAUGGGCUGGUGAGGAGCCCGUUCGCGUUGUUCGCGUUGCUCAAAACAGUACCAAAGUCGCAUAAUCUGCAGAGGAGACAUAAGGCAGCACGCAGCUUGUCCGAGAAUGAU